CUCCCCCCUUAAUAAGGGAGCGCGUCGCUCAUGUCGCGCUGUCGCAGUCGUCGUCGUCGUCGCUGAUUUAGUUUCUCUCCCCUUUUUGUUCUCUCUCUUCCCGCUCAUUCCAUCAAACCGGUUUAAGUUUCUUGAUUUGUGUUUAACCCCCCCCACCCCCCCUCUGCGACUCCCACUCAUGGCCGCGUGAGAGGAGGAGGAGGAGGAAGGAACGGGCGGGGGGAGUGUGUUGGAGAGCCGCGCCGCCAGCAAUGGGGUGCUGCUUCAGCAAGGAGAACGGCGACUCGGAGCAGCAGACUGAAGAGGUCAAGCCUCUCAUUGACCCGGUGUCAAACCUCAACCGACACCCCAAUGGGGCCGACUACCGCUCGACGAGCCAGACCACGGCCGUGUCCUCGCGUCAUGAGUACGAGCAGUCGGCGCUCAACCAAAUCCUCGUCAAGACUGCCAAUAACAUAAUCGAUGUGUCGGCCACGGACUCGCACGGCAUGGAGCAGCACGAGUACAUGGACCGCGCACGGCUUUACAGUGCGCGCGUGGUGAUGGUGGGCAGCUCGUCACACGGAUCGGCCUGGGCUAAGCCUCCGUCCCUCAUGACGCUGACCACUCAGCCGUUCCACGUGCUGGCCAGUCCCCUCGUGUCGCACUCCGACAUCACACAGGUGGCGCGGUUCGCUGCUUACGCCUCAAACGCCGGGGCGCAGGUGAAGGUCGAUCACAAGGAGGAACUUGUCGCCCACUUCAACAUCCCGUGAUCCCGUGCCCGGGAUGUGACGUUGCGGCCCACUGGAUGUGAUAUUGCUGCCCUCCCCGCCCCCGCAAGUAGCAUCGUCGCUCCGUGGAGGCGGCAAUCUCCAGCCAAUGACAUCGCCAACACGCGGACGAAAACGGCGCCACUGGGCGACGCGUCGCUCUGAACAGGAGGCGUGGUGUCGAAGCGCACGUGAAAGUGACGUCACAUUGUACAGAACGUGGCAUUGCAUUGUAAAUGAAGUGGUGUCACAACACACAUUUAUUAAAACGCGAGGCAGUGCCGUUACUGGAUACUGAAAGGGACAAGUCGCUUUCACGUUUUGCAAAAAAAGGUGGUUGUGGUGAGUGUACGUACGAGCGUUUGUGUGCACGUUAUACGAACGCUAUUUCAAGGGUCUCAAUGCUAACUCCACAUCAAAUUCAAAUUUGAGGUUUCUCUAUUCACAGGUUUGGCUGUUACUGCUGCUUUAUUUUCCUUAUUGCACAUUUUUUUAAAGUGGGGUUUUAAUUACCUGCAAUGCAAAAAUUAGGAGCCGUUAUCGCAGCCUCGCCUUCACGUUGCAUACACAGGAAGAAGGGGCAUCGCAAUCCACGGCAAGUGAUGUCACCACGCAGGCAUUCAGAAAUUUAUGGGCACAGAAGUUGGCAUCUGCACCUACGCUCACUUAGGAACUUUUAAUGGCCAGAUGUUGGCGACAUUAAGUGCUUCUGAUUGCUCUUUAAUUCUUCAGGCAAACUUUUAAGGCUUGCGAAUUGAUUUGGACACAAAUUGGUUAAUUUGUUGUCAGUUUGGGGCCCCGCAGGUGGGAGGGAGGGAACCAGUAGUUAUUUUAACGUUAAAAGAGCCAUACUACGGGAUGAUCUGCGAUGUGGGCCCGGAUCUCAUAGCCCCCUCACCUCAGUUUGUGGACACCCGGCGAAUUAGCCUUCUUCCAUUGGCCAAUCAAAUUUGGGCAUCACUUGUAAGACCAUGUUGGGGUGGGGUGGCGUCAGCAAUGAUAAAUAUGCUGUUAAUUAUUUGUUUUGAUUUAUAUUUUUAUCCUUUGAUUAUGUGAUGCACGUGGAACUGCACAGAGGAGAUUGGUUGUUGUGUGGAAUCUGUUCAAUUUAGUCCAUGCAAAUCAGUUUCCCCUCCCACUUGGAUUUGCUUGCUCUGGGGAGGGUGGGGGGUGGGUCUAAUUUUUGGAAUGGGGGAGCGGUUGGAAUGGUAGAGCAAAAAAUAUAAUAUUUGAGUUGUAACAUUUUGCUGUCUUGUGGAAGCUUGUGUUGAAAUAAAAAAAAUCGUUAUUUCA